AUGAAAAUCAGUUAGUUUUGGCAAAUCAUUUUUUCAGAUAUAUUUGACUGAAAAGAGAACUCCACUUUAUUUGUUAAGAAAAGUCAUGUAUUUUGCUCUGAUAUAAAGCGAAUUAAUGACCAUCAACUCGUCAAAAAUCCUCUCACAUGUAGCUGGACCACUCUGUCUUUACAGUGUAAACAAACAGGGAGAUGUUAAUGGGCUGGUUCUUCUAUCCUUUGAAGGGAGAGCAGCAGCAGGCUGCACAGAUUUUCCACUGAGUGAAACUGGCUUUUGCUGAGCUGAACCACUUGGGGGCAGAGCAGCACUUUGAUGUUCCUCAGCAGGCUGAAGGAGAUCAGAAAGGCUGCUGCUCAAACCUCCACAUUUUUAUGACUGAUGUACCAAUAUGUUUUAUUGAAGAUGGAUGGAGGUUAAAACCUACUGAAUGUGCAUGACAAGUGCUUUUGCAAUCACAAAACUUCAAAAAAAUCUGCGUAAAAAGUCUGUAGUCAACCUAAAAAACUUUAAAUAUUUUAUAAGCUUCAUUUCAACCUUUAUACGUGUAUGUUAUUUUUAAAUAUGAACUGCUACAUAGCAUACUAUAUGAGCUAAAACAGCACAUGUUACUAACUCUGUACCUCUUCAAAUAGCAAUGCUGGUUUCUGAGUUCUGUAACGUUUAAGCCAUUUUAAAGGGUAAUAUAACAUUCACUGCUAUUCUAGAAGUCAAAUAAGUAAUCAAAUAAAGUAUAAUGAUGGGCUGUUUGGCUUUCUGAAAUCGAGCUACAGGCAUCCGGACCAAAAUCCAUCAUUAGUAAUUAUAAUUGCAGACUGGGCUGAUCACUGUCAGUGCCUUUUAUUAUCACCUAUAAUUAUAGAUGACAUGCUAAUGUCUCAAAGUUAGACACUCUUGUCUCUGUAUCAGUGACUUUAUUUGGCAGUAGAGAGAUGACAAGCCACAGGGGGAUGGAAGGAAACACGCAAACAACAAACAUCUCCAGUCGAACUCAGACUGGGGUUGCUGCAGUUUACGUGCAGACAAUUUAACCCCCCGUGUAGAGAAAAGAUACACUGAGACACCAGACACGGAGACUUUUUACAGCUAUGAAACCCAAAAGUUGCUCUCAUUAAUGGUUUAUAAGUCAUCCAGGAAGCACUGAUAAGUUAAAUCAUUGAUGAAAUUUGUAUUUGGAUGCCACAUAUUGUUUGCCUGCACUGGAAAUGAUUUUAAAUUAAUUCAGCUUUGAAAUAUAAGCUUCAAUGCUGUUUUAAAAAUGCGAAUUAACUGCCCUUUGGUUGAUUAAUUAGUUCAAAGUCAUCUUAUGAGUUGUGAGAGUAAAACUGGCAGUUAAAUGAACUGAACUUGGAGAGACAAGUUAAAAAAAAGAAUAUUAAGCUGAAUCAAAUAGUCAUAUAAUCAUUGCUUACAGACUUGUUUUUCUUUUACAAUAUCAAAGCUUAAAGAGAUUAUUCCUCAUUUAUUAUUAAGAGUUCACAGCAUCGUCUGUCUAAGUCCUCUUUUACCAGAGUCAGUACAAAGACAACAUGUGGGGCUGUUUCCAGCUACAGAUAAACGAUGAGAUACAUUUUAAAUCUAUCGACUGAAAUGAAUACAAGCAUUUGUCAUGGUUAGUAUUGUUUGAUUAGGAGAAGAAACAAAUAUUCAACUUGUAACAAAGACACAGCAAUUUUUUUAAAACUGCAAAAAGGAAGAGUUUUAACUAAUUUAACAGUGCAUCCCAGUUAGCUGGCUUAUAAUCUUGUUUAUUCAUGAUAAACGUGAUUCAAUGAGUUGCGGUAACUGAUCAUUUUACCAAAAGAUGAUUCAAGUUAUAAGAUCUCAUGCUUUUAAGCUCUGGAAAAAAAACAGCCAUUUUAAAUUCUGGUCAGCAGGAAUGAUUUAGAAAAACUGCAUAUAUUUACUUCAAAUUAAACAGAAAAAAUUAGAAGAUUUGACUAAAUUUCCUCAUGGCGUUUUACUGUGUACGCUUAAAUUUUUAACACUGUGUCAUGUUUGAUGAUUAAGUUGCUACUAUAUAAAUAAUUUCACAGUACAAAGUUACAGUAAAUAGUCUGCACUUAUACAGCGUCUUUUAACCUCAGCUAGGCUCUACAAAGUGCUUCACAUUGUGUUUCUCUUUCACACUCACUCACUAAUGGUGGCAGAGCGGCCAUGCCAGGUGCUCGUCUGCCAUCAGAAACAACUUGGGGUUCGCCGUCGUGCCCAAAGGACACAUCGACACAUGGGGGGCUCAGAAUCAAACCUGAGGCCAAAGCUAAAGACCUGUAGCAUCAGAGUUUGCCAUUUGUUGAGUGAAGCUCAAUUCCUGAUCACAUACUGCUGACGUGAUGCAACGGAUACAAAGCCAUACAACCCAGAUUUACUUUAACACAUCAAAAUUCUUUUCACAUCAGAGAAUAUUCGUUCUUUCUGAUUAAUUGCACGAACAACAAUCAAUCACAUUUACUAGCAUUACAUUGAUGCAAUAGUUAUUUGAAGUAUUAGUACAUAUACGCAUCAUGGUGACUUUUAUUACAAACCAGUAAGGCAGAAAAAUGUGUUUAGUACUCAGUUUGAAAUAUUCAGUUAUUCUUUUAAACUGUAUCGUUGCUGUUGUUGUCAGAUUUUUUUGGUUUGUAACAAAAGAAGCAAAAGGAUUCAUUUUACUCUGUCAGUUUGACUUCAUUUUGAGGUUUAACUGUGAAUGCAUCGUGAAAAAAUGCUUCCUGUGUGGCGCAGCAUAUGUGUGUGUGUGUGCAUACGUGCGUGUGUGUGUGUGUGUGAGUGUGUAUGUGAGUGUGAGUCUGUGUGCGUUAGACAGUCAGAGAGUCAGAGUGAGAACCACCACCAGCAGGUCUCCUUCUCCGAGUCUUCUUGUCUUACAGAACAGCCAACUUGAUGUAGUUUACAUCUUCUAGAAGAAACUUUCCAACAUUUGAUCGAUACAGUAGAAAGUUCUAGAAACACAGAAAACUAAACACAAAACAGAAGCUGUCGUAGGUAAGAAAAUGCACGGCAUGGGUGUUCAGGCUGUGCUCACCGUCGUCCUGAUUCUGUUCACAGCCACCGUCAAGACUCAUGAUGGAGAAAUAUCAGUCUGGAAGACAAAAGUCACACUGACCUGUCCAGAGAUUGGGAAGUGGUACAAAGACGAUACAGUGAUAACGGAAAAGACAGAUGACGCUGACUUAGAAAUAGAAGAAAAAAGCCAUACCUUCACAUAUGAAGGCAAAACCACAUUCCACUGUGAAUACACUUCUCAAGCUGAGACCAUAAAAUAUUAUUUCCGCUUUGAAGGAAAGGUGUGUGAGGACUGCUAUGAGGUGGAUGCAAGACUAAUUGGGCUGGUCAUCAUUGUGGACAUAGUGGGGACAGCACUGCUUAUGAUACUAAUCUGCAGCUGCACCAAGAACAAGAGCUCAGCCGGACCUGCUCACUCUUCCAAAGCUCCUGCUCGAUCAGGAGGACGGCCUACACCUGCCUCAUCCUCUGAGUACGAGCAACUGAACCGUCAAACUCGCUCCCAGGACACGUACUCUGUCGUGAACAGGACUGGAUAGAAACAACAGGUCAUCUGGACGCACCAGGUUUUAAACGCUGCAUGGAUGAAAGCAAACAUUCAGAAAAGACGUACGAGAGCAUCAACCGUGCUCCCAGUGGCAUGCAGCCUCUGACUUCUUUUUUUUUUUUUUUUGCCAUUUUGGAUUUGACAGGUCUCUUAACCCAAAUGACAAAUUUUCUCAUUCACCCCUGGUUUAAAAGUUUAAGUUUCAUUUGUUCAGAUAUUAGGCUGUCACUGCAGUACAACAGAGGAGGAUCUGCACUGAUCUGACGGCAUUUAAAAUUUGCAGCUGAGAGCGUCUUUCUUCUGAAGGAACAGUCCCAGAUAAUAUCUGUUGAGUGUGUUUACAGGAUUAUUCAGAGUAAUAGGGUAACUAUUUCAGCGUGUAGUUGUCCAUCAGUCCCAACUCAAUCCACACAUUUGUCUUUGCUUUCUCACAAAUGAAUCAUAAUAUCGUCACUCCAUAUGUUGUACAUUGGAGUGCACGAGAACUACCCAGUGAAGAGCUAAAUACAAAAACAAUAAGUAAGACAAAAUCGGUACUGGCUUUGACAGUUCCAGGAUCACUGUGUAUAUUAUGUUUUCAUUUCGAGGAAAUAUCAAUGCGCCAUUCUGUAAAGCUAUCACAUCUCUCUGUAUGAAAGUGCAGUGGUGCAAGAAAGGGGUGCUUGAGUCCACAUAAAACUGCCGUGAGACAGAAAUCGCAGAUAUAUGGGCGGUUAGAAAUAACUAUUGGCAUGGUGAGACAACAUUAGAGGGGUUUUGUUUUAUUGUAACAUGCAAUCAGUGUUCAUUUUAUUAGGAGUGCAGUCCAUUGUCUAAUGUCAUAAAAGAAAGAGUUGUAUUUUAGUUAUUAGUUCGGUUAUAGUUAGUGGUAGUGCUGUACAAUGCAUAAACAUGUAGAUGAAUUUACAAUUUUAUUUUCGCCAAAAAAUGUAAAAGCAUAAGAAGAGAUGUUGCUGUAGGUCAGACAAGAGUACAUGUGGCGAACAGACAGGUGACAAUUUAAAGGAAAAACCAACACUAAGUGUCCUAGUAAGGUGUUUGGCCACUACAUGCUGCCAGAACAGCUUUAGUGCUCCCUGACAUGGAUUCUCCAAGUCUCUGAACUCUACUGGAGGAUGUAACACAAUUCCUGUAAAAGACACUCCCUCAUUUGGUGUUUCGAUGAUGUGGUGGAGGGCGCUAUCUAACACGUGAUGCCGGAAUCUCCCUCAGGUGUUCACCGGGUUGGGAUCUGCUGACUUUAAAGGCCACAUCAUCUGAUUCACAUCAUUUUAAUCAAACUAUUCAAUGGCUCCUCAUGAAGCAUUGCCAUCCUGGAAGAAACCACACCCAUCAGGAUGGAAAUGUUUCAUCAUAGGAGAAAGGUGAUCAACUUUAUAUGAUUUGCAGUGACUCUUCUCUCUAAGGGGAAUACCGUCUCCGUAGGAGUUAAGGGUUUGGGUUUUUCCUUUAAUUUGUCACCUGUUUGUAUUUAUUAAUAUAUAAAUAUAUGCGGUGGUUUUAAUAUAAAAAGGCUGGCAGAAGUUCUAUCUAAUUUACAGUAAAGUCUUAUUUGUGUUAUCACUUAUAAAAAUACCGGGCUUUGCAAAAGUUCUGUUACACGGUUUCAUGAUCUUUAGAGACGUUUACAUGUCGGAGUGAAAAAUUCCAUUAAAUAAACUGAAAGUUCUACCUUAUAGGCAGGUGUCCUUAAUACAAUUUUUUUCUCCAGUGAAGUUGUAUCAAGAUGGAAGUCAAAAGAGUUGAGAUAUCUGCUCUCCUUCAUGCUGGACACAACAAGUCUGACAGAGCCAAGCAGCUGAACAUCAGCCGGAUGACCGUCCACAGAGUCGCGGAGAGGCUCAAGAAUGGUGAAGAUCUUUCAGUGAUCUAUCAAGAAUGGUGAAGACCUGAAAGAUCUUCACCAUUCUUUAGCCUCUCCGCGACUCUGUGGAUGGUCAUCCGGCUGAUGUUCAGCACGAAGGAGAGCAGAUAUCUCAACUCUUUUGACUUCCAUCUUGAUACAACUUCACCGGAGAAAAAAAAUUGUAUUAAGGACACCUGCCUAUAAGGUAGAACUUUCAGUUUAUUUAAUGGAAUUUUUCACUCCGACAUGUAAACGUCUCUAAAGAUCAUGAAACCGAGUGUAACAGAACUUUUGCAAAGCCCAGUAUGCAUGUUUCUGUAUAUAUAUGUGUGUGUGUGCACCAUUGUACUGUUUGCAAUCUUACUGCAUUGUAAAAAAGAGCAGCUAAUUUCUGUCAGAAGCACAAAAUGCACCUGCACAAACAUAAUCAGCUCAUCACAUCAGUUUGCUUACUGUAUUUCUUUGUGUUUUUUUGCUUUUCACUCUGAUCUAUUAUAUUAGUCUUGUCUGUUGUACUGGGCACAACAUGUGUUACUGAUAAAUAAAACCGCAGCUAAACUCUG